CCCGCCCCCUCUCCUCUCCCCCUGAGCCCUCUGAUUGGCUGUCGCGGGAAAACGGAUUUUUUUUUCCCCGACCUCACAUAUAAACGCUCGAGGAUGUUCCCGUAGUCACUCCGCCGAUUCGUUCCAACGACAACACAGAAGAAAACGAGAGCCGCAGAAACGAUGUGUCCGUCGCUGCCCUUCGUGCUGCUCGGCCUGAGUGUCGGGCUGGUGGCCGCGUCCCCCCCCCUGCAGCCGGCCAGCGAGAAGCACUGGGCGGUGAUCGUGGCCGGAUCCAACGGCUGGUACAACUACAGGCACCAGGCCGAUGCCUGCCAUGCCUACCAGAUUGUGCACAACAACGGCAUCCCAGAUGAGCAGAUUGUGGUCAUGAUGUACGAUGACCUGGCUCAGAAUGAAGAGAACCCCACCCCUGGGUUAUUGAUCAACAGGCCCAACGGCACGGACGUGUACAAGGGAGUUCCUAAAGAUUACACGGGCGAUGAUGUGACUCCAGAAAACUUCCUGGCAGUGCUGAAGGGAGACUCUUCAAAAAUCAAAGGUGGUUCAGGGAAAGUGUUGAAGAGCGGCCCCAACGAUCAUGUGUUUGUGUACUUUACCGAUCACGGGGCACCAGGUAUUCUGGCUUUUCCAAAUGAUGAGCUCCACGUUGAGGAUCUCCAAGAAACCAUUAAAUACAUGCACGACAAUAAGAAAUACAAAAAGAUGGUGCUCUACAUCGAGGCGUGUGAAUCUGGGUCAAUGAUGACCGAUCUGCCUGCUGACAUUGACGUGUACGCCACCACAGCAUCAAACUCUCACGAGUCCUCUUACGCCUGCUACUAUGACGAUGCGAGGGAGACGUACCUGGGCGACUGGUACAGCGUCAACUGGAUGGAGGACUCUGAUGUGGAGGACCUUGCUAAAGAAACACUGCUAAAGCAGUUCAAGGUGGUAAAGAGACACACCAACACCAGCCACGUGCAGCAGUUCGGAAACAAGACACUGGCCAACAUGAAGGUCGUAGCGUUUCAGGGUAACCACAAGGCCGGCGGCCCCCCCGCCACUCCGGUGACCCUGCAGCCAGUUAUGCAUCUGGAUUUGACCCCGAGCCCCGACGUCCCCCUGGCCAUCCUCAAGAGGAAGUUGAUGGCCUCCAAUGACAUCAGAGUUGCAAGAGGAAUGCUGAUGGAGAUCAGCACCCACCUCAAGGUCAGGGAGAUGAUGGCCAAGACUAUGCGCCAAGUGGUGGAGAAGGUGACCGGCAGUGAGCUCAAGGCCGAGCAGGUUCUCAACGAAAGAGCGGACCUGUCGCAGCAUCGGUGCUACAAGGACGCAGUCAACCACUACAAACACAACUGCUUCAACUGGCACAAGACGGAGUAUGAAUAUUCUCUGCGACACCUGUAUGCUCUGGUGAACCUGUGUGAGAGAGGAUACCCGGCAAACAGCAUCCAGCUGGCCAUGGACUCUGUGUGUCACUACAGCAAGUGAAAGUCUCCCUACAAAUCCAUGACGUCUCAGAUCGGGCUGCUUCUACCACGUGGGAAGACCUGAUGUUUGUCUUUGCACUGUUAAGGAAUCAAUCUGACAUGGAGUUGAUUGUUUUAUCAACACACUAUAACACUUAAAAACCUGAGUUUUUAAUUUCUUUUAAGUUGUUUUAUGAUGAAUUGCACUAUCCCCUGUCAAGGGUUUGUGGAUGCUGUUUUACUGCCUUUUAAAUUUUUUUGUUAAGUACAUGUGGUAGAAAAUAAUAAUUCAUGUAAAUGUGUUCUGCUUACAGCUUUAGUUGUGGUACAAAUGGCCUGGCAUGAAUGUGUGAUUGACAUGUGAAGGACACACCACAAAAUAUUGAAUGUUUUUUGAAAAAGGAAUCUUGCAAUAAAAUCUGACAGACCAAAACA